AUGGCAGCGGCAAUCCCCCGUCAUCUUCUUGAAACACUUGUUAAUUGUCCAUCUUGUUCACAACGUUAUAAUGAACCGAGAGUUCUACCAACAUGUGGGCAUACCGUUUGUACAACUUGUCUUGAAAAUGAAUGGAACCAUCAAGAAUCAUCAUCAACAACAAAUGAACAUGAUGACAAAUUAAAUCAUUAUUGUCCAAUAAGAAAUUGUCGAAAAGAAAUAUGUUCAACACUAAAUAAUUAUACAGAUUUACCAAUAAAUCAAACCGUUCUUGAUCUUAUAGAAUCAUGUAACUUUCAUGUUGAAGCAGCUGGACAAUGUUAUGUUUGCAAUCAAUCACCAUCAUUUGUUAAAUGUUCACAUUGUUGUUUAUUUGUUUGUUUUGAAUGCGCUAAUCAGCAUAGACGUGAAGCGUUAACAACAUUAACAAAUAAUAUAAAUACAUUAGAACAAGAAUAUUUAAAUAUGAAUGACCAAAUUGAUCAUUCGAGAACAAAAUUAAUUGAAACAAGACAACUAUCUAUUGACACAAUACGUUCACAUUAUACACGUUUAAUUGAUGAAUUACGUUGUGCACAAAUAACAAAUGAAGAAAUUGUUGAAAGACAAUCAACAAUUUAUAACAAUGAACUUGAAUUACUUAUUGAUGAACAUAGACAACGUUGUGAACAAAUUAACAAAUCCAUACAAGAUUUACGAGUCAUUAUUACGGAUUGGUCAACUAUAGAACAAUUUAAACAAUUACAAUUAAAAUUAACACAUUUACAAGAAGAUAUUCGUGAAGCAAAUGAAAUAUUUCAAGAACAUUUACCAGAAAUGAAAGUAUUUGAAUUUGACAAUGAUGAUUAUAAAAAAGUCAACCACAAUAAACAUGUGGAUUCACCAUCACAAACCGAUGAGUUAUUUUUAAUUAAUUGUAAACAAACUUUACUACCACCUUCAACUGAAUCAAUGAAAAAUCUUCAAAUAGAUGACGCAAGUAGUACAGCUUCAUCUUCAGUCAAUAAUGAUCAUGUCAAGAUUUCUACACCGACAAAUAGCCGAGCGAUAAAAACCCAUUCAAAUGGUAUAGCAAAUCAUUAUAAAUCUUUGAAUAUAAUUUCAACUCAUCAGCCAACAUUGAAAAAUCUCUCCAAUGAUAAUACAAAUGAUUUACUACUUGAAAAUCAACAAACAACACGGCCAUCUCCAACUAUUAUUACAAACCAUCGUGCUCAUCCAGUUGCAUCAGCAAAUUUAUUAGCAAAAACUGUUUCAAGUUCAAUCGCUGAUCUAUCAAUAUCAACACACACUCAUAAAAUGUCUCCAACAACAAUUCGUGCACCAACAUUCCAAUCGAAAUUAGAUAAUUGUAAUAUUGAAGCAUGUAAAAAAAUUCCACUUUCACAAAGUUUUGAUUGGGGGAUGUUAGCAGUAACAAAUACAAACUUGAUAUUACUCUAUAAUAAAGAUAAAAAUUCAUUAGUUAUAUUUGAUUCUAACGGACACGAGAAUGAAAGAAUUCAAUGGUCAGAUGGUGACAUAAAAGAUUUAUGUAUUUAUCAUGAUGAUAGUAUAAUUAUAGUAGGUGAACAUAAACAAGCAUCAAAACCAAUUGAAUGUAAAUUGUAUGUGUGUAAUUUAACACGAAAACAACUUGAACGUGAACGUGUCGUUGAACGUGGUCUUAAUUGUCAACGUGUUGCAUCAGAUGAACAAUGUAUUUUUUAUGCAUCAGAAAAAGGUUGUAAUAAAUCGAAAGUAUCCGUAUUUGAUCACGAAUUACAGUUACAAAUAACAUUUGAAUGUGGUGUUGAAAUACGAAGUUUAGGUGUUGAUAUGCAAUGCUGUUACGUGUUAGGAAAACGACGUGAACGUGAACCAGCAAGGUAUUUUGUUGAAAAGCGACAAAAAAAUGGUCAACUCGUUCGUCGUAUUGAUCUAUACGAAAUUAAUGUUGAUAAUAUGAACCGAUUGAUUAUUGAUCCAGUUAGUCGCGGUAUUAUUGUAACUGAUGGAGGUAAUAAAAAAGUUUGGGCUGUUGGACCCGAAGGUGAAAAGAAAUCGAUCCAAUAUCGGCCAUGGCCAUGGAGUGUGGGACUUUUAACUAAUGACACAUUACUUAUUCUACAUGCUGGCUGUUUAACGUUCCAUGCAUCUAACAAUAAUAAUAAUAAACAAUCGAGUAAUGGAACAAAAAUCAAAAAUAUUACUUCUAUUGCGGAAAAAGUUUAA